AUGGCGCCUAAAUACAAGCUUACAUAUUUUAACUUCACUGGUUUAGGAGAGCCUAUUCGUUACAUGUUGGCUUACGGUAAUCAAGAUUUCGAAGACAACCGGAUCGAAAUGGCCGAUUGGCCAAAAUUGAAACCAAACUAUUCGGCCUACUUCAGAGAACCAACCGAAGAGGGUAAAGCUAAAAAAUUAGAAGACGUAAGAAACGUUCACAAUCCAAAUUUUCUUUCGAAAUUCGAAGAAAGAGUCAAAAAUAACGGCGGUCAUUUCGUUAACGGCCAACUUACUUGGGCAGAUCUUUAUUUCUCGGCUGUCGUUGACCUCAUGGUAAACGUAUUGAAAGAACCAAUUUUGGACAAAUAUCCAAACUUGAAAGCUCUCAAAGAGAAAGUUGAUUCUCUUCCCAGCAUCAAAGCUUAUCGUGAAAAGAGACCAAAAACACUUUUUUAA